AUGCUGUCCACGCGGCGUCUUCUGCACGCAUCGUGCCUUUUGGCAGUGCUUCUCUGCCUCUCCUCGACGCCAUCUCGAGCGGCUACGGUCAAGCAAGAUGUGAAUUUGAGGGCCGAAUUGACGAUACCUCCAGAGGAUGCCUCCAACGUGAAACACGUCUUUUUGGACGUUUCGCAAACCACGCUGUGGGCUGACGGUCAGCCGGUGCCUGGCGAACCCGUUGUCAAUGGCUCAUCACCUGGUCCCGUACUUCGGUGAGCCAUCGCGCGAGCACUUUUCAAUCGAUGUGUAGACCUCCCAGCUCAUCUGCAUCCGCCCCAUGCUGCAGGUUCAUGAAAGGAGAUUGUAAGCCAUAGGCACCCUUCCGAUCGACGAGCGCAAGAGAUGGGAUGACCUGACCGCGCGCCUCACUUUUUCCUUGCUCUCAAUAGUCCUUGUGAUCAGAGUCACCAACAGAAUGUCCACUUGGAACACAACAAUGGUGAGGAUGCGUCUGCAUUGCGACAUUCGCACACAAGCGCCGCUCACUUACCAUUUGCUCCUUGCUCGCCUGCAGCACUGGCACGGUCUCACGCAAUCCAUGACACCCAUCUCGGACGGCGUGCCGAUGGUCACGCAAUGGCCCAUCCCGCCUAACACGUGGUUCGAGUACGGCAUGAAGCUCCGAGACAAGGGCACCUACUACUACCAUCCCCACGUCGAUUUGCAGCAAAGCACAGCUCACGGUGCUUUCAUCGUGGAAGAUGGAGAAGAACCUCCAUACAAAUACGACUUGGACAAGCCCUUGAUCCUGGCAGAUUACUACCACCAGCCACAAGAAGAGCUGCUUCAGGGUCUGCUUGGCCAGCCAUUCAAGUGGGCAGGAAGCGCAAAGGCGCUCUUGCUCAACGGAAAAGCACUGAGCAGCGCGCCCUGCAAUCAAACCCUAGCUUCGACGUAUCAGCUCGACUGCAAAGACGCGCCUCGGAACGCUGGCAAAAGACCAGAGAUCGUCCAUCUCGGUCAUGGCCAGACGAUAAGGCUUCGCUGGAUUGGCGCGCAAUCCCUCAUGUACACCGUAAGUCGCUGAUGUCAGUCUGUUUGUAUGUCGACAAAGCCCCUUCUUUGCUCACCACGUGCUUCUCCUGAUUGCAUGCAGAAAGUCGCCAUCGCCAACCACAAGCAGCGCAUCAUAGAAGCCGACGGCACUUACACCAAAUAUCUCGAGGUGCCCGACAUGGAGAUCGGACCUGGGCAGCGUUACUCGACACUAGUAGACGGCAAGACCAAAGAAGCCGUAGAGCAAGACGGCUCUGGAGGCUGCUACUGGAUUCGCCUCGAGAGUCAGUGGCGCAACCCGGGCACCUUUGGCUGGGCCCUGCUAGCCUAUCCAUCUUGGUGAGUGAUACCGUGCGCAGAGGCGCGGCUCGAACGCGAAGCUCACGUACAGAUGCCAAUCUUCGAAUUCCGCUUCGGAUGAUUGCAGCGACGUCGACAAGGUGCUUGCGCAGCCCCAACCUACCCCGGCUCCGAUCAACAGUACAGAGAGGAUGCUGCCCAACUCGACGUUUGGCUGGAUCUCCGGAUCUCUGACGCCGCUCAAGGAGCCCAGCAGCCAUCAAGAUCGCAUGCCUAGCGAUUCCGAAGUCUCUAGAAGAGUGAUUUUGAAUGCUCAGCAGAUCAACAUCUUGGGAUCGAUGGGCAACUACUCUCGCUGGACCCAAAACGACGUAUGGUACGUCGAGGGUGCGGAUCAGCCGAUUGGGCGUAUGGCGACCAAGGUGCCGUACCUCAUUCAGCUCUACAAGCGGUUGAGGGAAGCGCCUUCGUGGAAUCGCGCCUUUAACACUUCGGACAAUAAACACCCCAAAGGCUUUGAUCCUCUCGCACAAGUAUGGGUGGCCAAGCCGGGCGAGGUGAUCGACAUUGUCAUCAUCAACAACGGAAGUAUGGCCAGCGGUCUGACCGAAAUCCACACUUGGCACAAACACGGAGGUGAGUCGAGUCGAGUCGAGUCGAGUCGAGUCGAGUCGAGCGUCCGAGCGGUUGUUGCCGCGCCUCGGUCUCCUUUGCUGAGCAUUACAUCUGGCCUGUCUGGUGCAGACAAGCACUGGACGCUCGCCUCUGGACCUGGAAACUUUAGCGUAGAGGCCCUUGCACAAGCGCGCUCGAACGGGCAAUGGUCUGACCCCAUUCCGCGCGACACUUCCACCGUCUGGCCAGGUCCAGGCGAGACAAUUGCCGAUCCAAAAGUGGUGCUGCCAGCACACUCUUCAGGAGGCUGGACGGUGCUCAGGACAAAGAUUCAGCACAUGGACUUGGGUGUGUGGUUGUUGCAUUGCCACCUCAUCUUUCACGCGGUCAUGGGCAUGAGCACCACGUGGGCUCUCGAUAUUCCCAAGCUUGGAGCUUCUUCCUCGCUCUAUGACGAUCCGUGAGUGCGCCGCCGUCGAAGUGGAUCAAAGGAGUGACGUCUUUGCUGAUCCUCUCCACUGCAUCGCCUGCUAGUGACUACCUCGAGUUCGGUCGAAAUGUGACCUCUCCGUACACGAAUAUGAGACCAUAG